CAGGGGGGGCUCUGGGUGUUGCAGAAAUCUGGAGCCCACAGUGAAAAUGAAAACAUGCAGACACUGAUGAACUGCAACUCUCAGUAUCCCAUGAACAUGCCGAAGUUUGCCUUCCUCAAAAGAACCCCUUGUUGCUAUUCAGUGUCCCAUUAACCGGAAGUAGAGCGCAACCACCUUCCCCUGCUGCUGUCGCUGUCCCUUUAAAUCGUGCUGGCACCUGUGCGCCAGCUGUCCCUCCUCCAGCACGUGACGCGCACCAAGCUUCCCGCGAAAGUAACGUCAUCAGACAGCUCAGCUCUCCACUCCCAGAGGGCGAGGUUUCAGGCACCGCCCUCUCUCUUUUGUGAUUGGUCGGAGCGUACCGGUAGGCCGUGUUCCCUCUGGUUUCCCAUUGGCCGCAUGGUCUGUCUGGGUGGGAGGCUUCGUCGUUGACCCUCUCUGAGCGCUGGAGGCGGAGCUUGUCUUUCUGUCUCAGCUCCCCGGUGUCUCGUGCUUCCCCCUGUCUCCGCUAUGACGGACUUUAAACUCGGUAUCGUGCGGUUGGGCCGGGUGGCUGGAAAGAUCAAGUACACGCUGAUUGAUGAGCAAGACAUCCCGCUGGUGGACAGCUAUGCAUUUGAGGCUCGCAUGGAAGUGGACGCAGAUGGCAACGGUGCCAAGAUUUUCGCAUACGCAUUCGAUAAAUACAAAGGGAGGGGCUCUGGCCGCCUGCUCCACGAAUUGCUCUGGCAAAGGCACAAAGGAGCCAUAGCCCCUGGGUUUCACGUGAUUCACUUAAACGCCAUCACCGUGGACAACCGGCUGGAUAACCUGAAGAUCGUUCCUCGGGGGUGGAGUCAGCCGCUGGAAGAAGUGUCGAGCAAGCAGAGGGAGCAGUCGCUUUACUGGCUGGCCAUACAGCAGCUCCCGACAGACCCCAUAGAAGACUUGUUCCCGCUGCUGAAUGUCACGCGCUGCUACAAUGCCAACGGAGAGGUGGUACGCGAGGAAGACAACUCCUGCACUUACUACGAAUGUCACUAUCCUCCUUGCACCAUGAUUGAGAAACAGCUACGGGAGUUUAACAUCUGCGGGCGCUGCCAACUAGCAAGAUACUGCGGCACCCAGUGCCAACAGAAAGACUGGCCGGCUCACAAAAAACACUGCUGCGAGAAAAUCCGCAUUUUCCAGUAUGAGCCGGAACCAGAACGGUGACUUGGGGUAGAAUGGUGGCCGGUCAUGUGACCGGGAUGUUUUUGCACAUUUAACGGCGGACUGGUUGGCGGAGCCGUCGGCACUUGAGGAUCAGCCUACGGGUCUCAGUUUCAGGCAGUGUCGGACUGCGCCACCUCCAACAGCGAGGGACGGACUUCCCGCCCCCCUCCGCUAGUAUCAAAAAGAGAGACUACUGUGAUGGUUCCUACCCGGAGCUUUUAACUUAUGUUACUGUUUGUAAAGUUCAUGUACAGUUUUGGUUCUGUUUAUUUUUUAUGUUGGAAGUUAGUGCCGAGUGAUUCCCUGUACCCCCCCCCCCCCUCAAAUACUAAUUGGGGUAUUUGCCAUUCACACAACGAUUGUAUUGACUUUCCCUGUUGAUGACGGAGCAAACCAAACGGAGAAAAGGGGGAGACCCUGUUGGGAUUUCAUGAUCUGCAUGGAAAUAACUGAAACAAGUAAAUGGUGGUUUACAGCUA